GACCAUUCAGACGACGGUCCAAAAGGCCAAAAGAACAGAAAAAAAAAAAGAGGGGGGGGGGGGGGGGGGGGGUGUGGGGAAAUGAAGAAACCUCCAAGUCACGUGACAGCGAUCCCAGGUCUGACACGCAAUCCAACUCCGCGUCGCAUGCGAUCCAAACCAGUCCCACCGAAAUAAAAUACAACCACCUUUUUUGCACUCGUGGCAGCACCUGAGGUGGGGUGCGUAUUACGCACCAUCCUUUUUCUCCCCUUCUUUCUCAAAGUCUCCAUUUUGGACUCGCCGUUCAGAUAAAAUCACCCACCCCCACGCAACACAGUGAAAAGAAGAAGCCGAGUCUUCAGACAUUUCAUCGAACACGCAAAGAGCGAAUUCUGAGAAGCCUUCCACCUCCGGCUCUCCAAUGGCGUACGUCGACCACGCUUUCUCCAUCUCCGAUGAGGACAUCAUGAUGGAGACCUCUUACAUCGUCCACAACCGCCCUCCGAUUAAGGAGAUCGCCCUCGCCGUCGCACUCCUCGUCUUCGGAACCCUAGGGAUCAUCCUCGGCAUUCUCAUGGUCUACAACAGAGUCGGCGGCGACAGAGCUCACGGGUUGUUUUUUGCUAUUUUGGGGGCGAUCUUGUUUAUUCCCGGGUUCUAUUAUACGCGGAUUGCCUACUACGCGUACAAGGGGUACAAGGGGUUCUCUUUCUCCAAUAUACCGCCUGUUUGAUGCUGGUGCAGCUGAUUUUCUCUCGUGUACAUACGUGGCUUACUGAGUUCGAUGUUCUUUUAACUUUUUUGGUGGAUUUACUUGGUUAUUUUGUUUGAAUAAUGUGUAUUUAGCUGCUUCAUGUUAAAACGAGGGCAUUGCCGUGGUGAAUUAUUGUAUUUGUUCUGGAGUCACCAGUGGUUUUACGGAACAAUCAAUGUAUUGAAGCCUUCUAUAAUUCUAAUUAAAGGUUCCUCUACGGACACUGCAUCUUCCCAUUAUGCAAAA